GCUGCUCCAACUACAACCACAGCUUCUCCAACUACAACAACAGCAGCUCCAACCACAACCACCGCUUCUCCAACAACAACAGCUGCUCCAACCACAACAACUUCUCCAACCACAACCACAUCUUGUCAAACCACAACCACAACAGCUCCAACAACAACCACAGCUUCCCCAACAACAACAGCUGCUCCAACUACAACAGUGGCUCCAACCACAACCAAAGCUUCUCCAACCACAACAACAGCUGCUCCAACAACAACUACAGCUGCUCCAACCAUGACCACAACUGCUCUAACUACAACAACAUCUGCUCCAACCACGACAACAGCUGCUCCAACUACAACAUCAGCUGCUCCAACCACGACCACAGCUGCUCCAACUACAACAACAGCAGCUCCAACCACAACCACAGCUGCUCCAACCACGACCACAGCUGCUCCAACUACAACAGCUGCUCCAACUACAACCACAGCUUCUCCAACCACAACUACAGCUGCUCCAACUACAACCACAGCUUCUCCAACUACAACAACAGCAGCUCCAACCACUACCACAGCUUCUCCAACAACAGUAGCUCCAACCACAACAACAGCUGCUCCAACCACAACUACGGCAACUACAACCACAACAACAGCUGCUCCAACCACAACAACAGCAGCUGAAACCACAACCAUAGUUCCUCCAACCACAACUACGGCAACUACAACCACAACAGCUGAUCCAACUACAACAACAACUGCUCCAACCACAACAACAGCUGCUCCAACCACAACAACAGCAGCUGAAACCACAACCAUAGUUCCUCCAACCACAACUACGGCAACUACAACCACAACAGCUGAUCCAACUACAACAACAACUGCUCCAACCACAACAACAGCUGCUCCAACCACAACUACGGCAACUACAACCACAACAGCUAAUCCAACUACAACCACAGCAGCUCCAACCACAACAGCUGCUCCAACGACAACAACAGCUGCUCCAACAACAACUACGGCAACUACAACCACAACAGCUGAUCCAACUACAACAACAGCAGCUCCAACCACAACAACAGCUGCGCCAACCACAACUACGGCAACUACAACCACAACAGCUGAUCCA